AUGGCAAGGAGCAUACUACUCUCUGGCAUUCGCACCACAAUCACAUCACCCAUCCACUUCACUCGAAUCACUUUCCCCAAUCAGCCCAUCCGAAUCAUGUCACGCUACGCAGAUGCCCACAAGAACACGCAAGGUCCCGGCGAUGCCAGGCCGACUGCAUUACAGAUCGUGCAAGACGAAGGCCUCAUCGGCAAGCUGACAGACAAGGUAUUCGUGGUCACUGGUGUCAGCAGCGGCAUUGGUAUAGAGACUCUGAGAGCACUGUAUGCCACAGGUGCUCAUGUCUUUGGAACAGCGCGAGACGUGUCCAAAGGGCAGAAGGUCGUCGAUGAGAUCACCGCCCAUACCCAAGGUGGGAAAAUCACGCUCGUGAAAAUGACACUGGACGAUCUCUCUUCUGUCAAGCAAGGCGCUCAAGACAUUCUCAGCAAGACGGACCGCAUCAAUGUUGUCAUCAACAAUGCCGGAGUCAUGGCCACGCCUGAGGGCAAGACUAAAGAUGGCUUUGAGACGCAAUUUGGUACCAACCACAUUGGCCACUUCUAUCUCUUCCAGCUGCUGAAAGAUACUUUACUGAAAUCCGCCACAUCUGACUUCCCUUCAAGAGUUGUCUCAGUCUCCAGCAUUGGCCAUCGAAGUGGUGAGGUUCGCUUCCACGAUUACAACUACGACGAAGCUGGGUCCUACAACGACUGGCAAGCCUAUGGCCAAGCGAAGACGGCAAACAUCUAUUUCUCCAACGAACUCGAGCGUCGAUACGGAGCCAAGAACCUACACAGCACUUCCCUCCACCCAGGCGGUAUUGUGACUGGCCUCCAAGUACACGUAGCCGAUAUGAUGAAGCAGUAUGAGGGCAACAAGGAAGUCAUGGAUUAUAUGAAAUCUCCAGCGCAAGGAGCUGCCACUUCGGUUUACGCAGCUUUGAGCGAGGAGUGGAAGCACAAGGGUGGUAGGUAUUUGAGCAACUGUGUCGAGCAGAAGCCGUUCGCCUCCGCAGGCGGUGCGCUGGCUACGAAUGAUGAUGGUUAUCAGACUUGGGCGUAUGACGAGGAGAAGGAAAAGAGACUGUGGAAGGAUUCGCUGAAGAUGGUUGGCUUGGAGGAUGAUCAAUAG